AACGCUCUCUUCUUUCUUCCAAUUUUCUCGUGUUGGUGGCCGGGAAAUUACAUCUCCGCCCGCCGCCGGAGUAAAUCCAGGCUAUUUAAUCGGCGGAAGCCAUCCAUUUUGCUCGUUUCCGCGCCGGGAAUCAUUCGCCGCAGCUACUUUCACGUUUCGCCUCUCGUUGAGGGAAUUUUGGCAGAUCGAUCUAUCGUCGAUUUAGAUCUGGCGUUCCUAGGGUUCUUCACCGUUGGAGAUUCAUGGUCUCCGGUGAUUGCAUUUUGGAAUUCGUGGUGAAAUUGUGGGAAAUCUAGGGCUGUUAAUCGGAUUCCGGUGGAUUGAGUUUUGGGUGUCCAUGGAGAGAGGUGGCAGGAGAUCCGGCGAACCUCCAGGUAUAUUGAUAAAGAAAAGAAGUUCCUCUGGUUGCUUGAUUGUGAAGAAGAGCGAUGGGGUUGGUGGUAGAGUCUGCUCGUUUUCAGAUAGUCGUCCGAUUUUGGAUAGGAAGAGGUCUAGGAUAAUCAAGAGUGAUUCUGAGUCUAGCGACAAACUUACGAUUCCUUUUGAACAAGAUAUGAGACACUAUCGCAAUGUAGAAGAGAGUCGUUUUGGCUUGAAAAGGGAUUUGGUUGAGGGGAAUGGGGAUUGUUUUGUGAGAAAGAGCAGAGAGUGGAAGGAGAGUAAGAGGCAUAGAUUAGAUGAUGAUGAGGAUGAUGACGAUGAUGAUGAAAAUGAGGAGAGUGGAGACGAAUUGUUAGCAAUGAGGAUGAAGAGAUCCUUUGAUGGUAGUGAAGUUAAUUUGGGGUCUGGUCAAUUUGGCAUUGAUAGGGAAUAUGGAACUGGCUCUAGUAGCAAAGAUUUAGAUAUCGAGAAGAGAAGAAAACCAUGGUUAGAUGGAUCGGGGAACAUAGGUCUUGCUAAUCAAGGUUAUAGAAACAGGUGUAUGGUGAGUGGAAACGAUAGUAAAACUCAUGCGUUACAGAGGAAGUACAAGCGUGACAUGAAUUUCGAUGUACCGAUCAGGGUUCAGGGGAAAAAUGGUGUCCUCAAGGUGAUGCCGAAAAAGCUGAAUAAGGUGGGAGGGUUGCCGCAAAAUUUCACUGACAUGGAAGCUAAACAAAUUCAAUAUGGCUCAAAGGUUCAAGAGACUGGUAAAAUACGUGUUGCUAUCCAGUCCCCAACCUCUAUUAAAACGGAAAAUAUGGCGAAAUUGCUUCCCCCUGCGAGGAUUCAGUCAAAUGGGUUGAAAAUGGCCACGGCCUUAACCAGGAAGAGUAAGGGCCAGGAGCAAGAUUCUGAAGAUAGUGAUACUUCGGGGAGGCUACAGAAGAGAGUCAUUCAGCCUCAUAAGCUCUUCCAGAUAUCAAGCACUGGAGGAGAAAAACCCUCACCUGAAGCUUCAACGCCUCCAAAAGUCAGAGAUGGAAAGAUUAGGCGCGGUUCAGGCACGGAGAAACAGAGAUUACGUGAGCGAAUCAGGGAAAUGUUACUGGAAGCAGGGUGGACGAUUGAUUAUAGACCUAGAAGGAAUAGAGACUACCUAGAUGCAGUUUAUAUAAGCCCCAGGGGAACAGCAUACUGGUCUAUUAUCAAGGCUUAUGAAGCACUUCUUAAGCAGUUAAAUAGUGGGGAAAAAGUGACCAAGCCUUGUGAAGAUAGUUCCUCAUUUACUCUGAUCUCAGAUGAGAUACUCAGUCAGUUGACACGGAAAACCAAAAGAAAGAUUGAGAAAGAUAUGAAAAGGGAGGAACAAUGUGCCAGUGAUAGCGACGGACAAGCGACUUUUGGAAGAGAUUUCUCAGCUAAUAGAAACGAAGUAAGAAACGGUGAUAGAUAUGUUCGUAAUGAAGAGCGAAGCUUCUCUCCAGAGGGGGUUGCCAUGUCAAUAAAGAAUGAGGUUAAUGACAGAGACGGCUCACUGGGUACAACUUCAAAAAGCGAAAGCCCUUUGCAUCGCCAAACUGAAAGAUCAACUUGUUCCUCCUCUCACCGUGUGGAUGGAGGGAAAAGUACCAAACAUAGUAGGAGUACAUUGUUGGUACGGCGUUCAAUCAAGGGAGAUAAUUCAGAGAGUGAUGGUUUCGUGCCUUCAUUUGAAAAACGUACUGUACUGGGAUGGCUGAUUGAUAGUGGAACCAUACAGUUGAGUGAAAAGGUGAUGUACAUGAAUCAACGACGGUCACGUGCUAUGCUUGAGGGUUGGAUAACAAGAGAGGGGAUUCACUGUGGUUGUUGUUGUAAAACUCUUUCAGUUUCGAAGUUUGAGAUACAUGCUGGAAGCAAAUUGCAGCAGCCAUUUCAGAACAUAUUUUUGGAUUCUGGGGUUUCUCUUCUUCAAUGCCAAAUCGAUGCAUGGGAUAAGCAAAAGGGUGUUGGGCACAUCGGUUUUUGUUCGGUAGAUGUAAUUGCUGAUGAUCCAAAUGACGAUGCUUGUGGUAUUUGUGGAGAUGGAGGUGAUUUAGUUUGUUGUGAUGGCUGUCCUUCAACUUUCCACCAAAGAUGCCUAGACAUACGGAUGUUUCCCAUUGGUGAUUGGCAUUGCCCCAAUUGUAUAUGCAAAUUCUGUAAGGCAGUUGUCGAAGAUUUUACUCAGAGUGUGGGUGAAAAUACCUGCAAAAUGUGUGAGAAAAAAUAUCACAAAUCAUGCAUCCUGGAGGCAAAUACUACCUCAGCUGGCACCACUGAACCAGUUGACUCCUUUUGUGGAAAGACGUGCAAAGCGCUCGCUGAAGGUGUCAAGAAGUAUGUCGGUGUCAAACAUGAGUUGGAAGCUGGAUUUUCAUGGUCUCUAGUUCAUAGGGAAUGCAAAGAUUCAGAGUUAUUCAUAGGCGGACACCCUCAUAACGUGGAAAGCAAUAUCAAGCUUGCCAUAGCUAUGACAGUCAUGGAUGAAUGCUUCCUCCCUAUUAUUGACAGGAGGAGUGGGGUGAAUAUUGUACGAAAUGUCCUUUACAAUUGUGGGUCGAACUUCAAUCGGCUAAAUUUUGGUGGAUUCUAUACUGCUUUACUUGAAAGAGGCGACGAAAUAGUCGCUACAGCAUCUAUUAGAUUUCAUGGAAACCGGCUAGCUGAGAUGCCGUUCAUUGGAACUCGGCAUGUCUACAGACACCAAGGGAUGUGUCGCCGGCUUUUCAGUGUUGUUGAAUCAGCUCUUCAACAUCUCAAAGUCAAAUUACUUGUUAUCCCUGCAACUGCUGACUUUAGCCAUGUUUGGAUAUCCAAAUUCGGUUUUAAACAUGUCGAUGAUUCUCUGAAGAAAGAAAUGAGGUCCAUGAAUCUACUAGCCUUUCCCGGCAUUGAUGUGUUACAGAAAGAGCUUUUAGCACCAAGACAUGCUGAGUCUGACACAGGCUUUGAUACUUCGAUCAAGGCUAACCAAGUGUCUGUCUUGGAGACAGCAUCACCUUCGGGAAAUAAACCGUUGUCAGAUGAUGAUGUGGUCAAACACCAAGUGUACGAGGAUGUCAAUUCCGCUUCCCGUGAUGGUUUAGUCCCGGGCUCAUACGACGAUGGAUGCUCUAAAAUGCAAGAGGCAGAGUUCAAAACAUCAACCAUGGCGGAGGCAUCAUCAGAGAUGGACUGCAAAACAAAUUCAUAUAGCGCUUUUGUUGGAGAAGAAGAAGAAGAGAAUUUGAUGGAGUCUCCUCCUCAAAAGAACAGCGACAUGGCUUUCUUGGAUCAUAUUAUCAGCUCCCCAGUGGAUACUGGUGAAACGGAAAACAGAGAAGAAGAUGAUGAUUUUCCGGCAAAGCAAUGAAGCAGAGUUAAAUUGUGAUCGCUGUUUAUUUUUUUUCCUUUUUUUAAUAGCAUUUUGGUGCUUUUCUAAAUAGAAUUUGUUAAUAAUGUCUAUAUUCGUUUUAUGCAUAUAUAUAUAAAUAUAUGUUCAUGGCCUCGUGCCUUCUCCUGCCGUCGAGCUUCACGACGGUGAGU